AUGGGAAAGGUAUCGCCUCGCCGACGUCGUAGGGCGUCAAACAAAGGCAUUCCGAAAAAUGCGGUAAUAGUGCCAAAUGUUCCGAUGCAGGAUUACUGUAGCCAAAUACCAGGGGUAUACUACCAUUUCGGCAAGCUCGAGUGGCGCACGACCUGCAGGGAUCCGUUCAAUUGCUCGAAGCGCUCGCAGCGCACGUUUGGUGUACGGAAAUACGGCUUCUACGAAGCAAAGAUGAUGGCAGAAGUCGCGGCAUUCGAAUGGGAAAAACACCGCAACUUUGUAUUAUACCUGCAAACUGCGUCGGCAGGAAACGCCGUACCGGGGCACGUGCACUCACCGCCGCCUGCCCCGCCGGGUAGUCCACAGUACUACCCCUACCUCCCGUAUGAAUGUUACACAUACGUCCCAGCGGAGCUGGAGAGCCCGUUGACGCCGCAUGCGUCAAUGGAGUACUACAACAACGCCGCGAGUCAACUUAGCAACAUCUGA